UCUAAGUUAUGAUUUGCUGAGUCACUGGUGCUCAUCAAAUUUAAUCAUCUUUUUAAAAUAAAACCGGGGUCAGGCUAAGAUGAUAAUUUUAAAUUGAAGCAAGUUAUAAACGGUCCUCGGCGUCGACUGCGAAAGUCACUCUUGCGAAGAUGGCACAACACAUAGGCACUCUCUUGGCUGUUCUUAGCGUUGUUGUAGUUUCGUCAACUGCAGUUAAAUGUCCUGGGACAGCCACAUACACAUUAUCGUGGAAAGCUACUUGGACCCUAGCAAAUCAUCCGAAUACAGCCCUUCCAAGCAAUGCACACUUUUCUCCUUUAAUAGGUUGCUCUCACGGUGCGGACUACAUCAUGUGGCGAAGAGGACAGAAAGCUUCUUCUGGCGUUAAGUUGGUCGCUGAAACAGGUCAAACUGGAACUCUUAAAGGCGAAAUAGAGUCUCAAAUCUCUGGGGGAAAAGCCUUGCAGCUCAUUCUGCCCGCGGGACCUGGGCUUGGUGCAGUGGAUGAACUGACCAAUAUUCAAGUCAAUGUUACCUCCAACUUUUCAAGGGUGUCUCUGAUCAGUAUGCUCGCUCCAUCCCCCGAUUGGUUCAUAGGAAUUGACAGCCAUGAUCUCUGUGACAAUGGCCAAUGGCGAAAGACCUGGGACGUCACCAUGUUACCACCGUAUGAUUCAGGCACUGAUAGCGAGCCUACGUUUAUUGGCGAUAAACCAACAGUGCCACCUGUGCCAAUCUUCCGAAUCAAUAACACCAUUGAGGGUGCUUUUAAGGCCAAUAAUCCCAUUAAAAGCCUGGGGGAGUUUCGAUUCAUGCUUCAAGUGGAGACGGACAACUCCGGGAAGGAGAACUCGACCGGGAAGGAGAACCCGACCGAGAAGGAGAGCUCGACCGAGAAGGAGAACUCGACCGAGAAGGAGAACUCGACCGAGAAGGAGAACUCGACCGAGAAGGAGAACUCGGCCGGCAAGGAUUGUGUUAAUUCGCUUAUGAUCAUUAUUGUUGCUUCCAUUCUGGCAUUUUUGUUUUUGGGUGCCAAAUAAUUUAGCUUUAAUAAAAAUAAGUUUUUUUUUUCGCAUCUUAGUGGAGUGGGGUUUUUGGCCUAUUUCCUAGAGAGCUGAAUAGAAAACGAAUAAACAAAUGCGAUUCAUUUUCUUGAGUCGCAGAUUCCAUUC